GAGCAACAGCUGCCACUGGCUGCCCCCACAGGAGCCACAGCCCCCACAGGAGCCACAGCUGGAGGAGCAGGCCGGCACACAGCAGCACACGGGCUUGCAGCAGCACACGGGCACACAGCAGCUGGACUGGGAGCAGCAGGGUUUGCAACAGCUGGACUGGCAACAGCAGGGUUUGCAGCAGCUGGACUGGGAGCAGCAGGGUUUGCAGCAGCUGGACUGGCCACAGCUGGACUGGGAGCAGCAGGGUUUGCAGCAGCUGGACUGGCAACAGCUGGACUGGGAGCAGCAGGGUUUGCAGCAGCUGGACUGGGAGCAGCAGGGUUUGCAGCAGCUGGACUGGCAGCAGGCACUGGAGCCACAGCUGGAGGAGCAGGCGGGCACACAGCAGCACACGGGCUUGCAGCAGCACACGGGCACACAGCAGCUGGAGCCGCAGCCCCCACAGCUGGAGCCGCAGCCCCCGGAACAGCCAGAGCAGCCCAUGGUUCUGGACGUGGAGGGGUGUGGUCGCAGGAGCAGGCGGGCACACAGCAGCACACGGGCUUGCAGCAGCACACGGGCACACAGCAGCUGGAGCCGCAGCCCCCACAGCUGGAGCCGCAGCCCCCGGAACAGCCAGAGCAGCCCAUGGUUCUGGAGGCGCUGGCUGCCCUGGGCCUCCCGGGUGCCGGGCAUUCGGCCCACCCGCCCACGCUUCCUGGCCUGCGCUCCUCCACGAGGCUCCUGGUGCCCGGUGAAUCCAGAAUUCCCCCCUCUGAGCAGGGCCCUCCCUCUCCUGUGCAUUUCUCCACGGAAUAAAAGCUGAAACACCUGC